AUGCAGUCAACAAUGAAGCUGUUAACCAUCAUUACGUUGAUUUCCAUCACCUUCAACAGUUCACAUCAAUCUGGAGCGAAGCUGCGUCGUGAUGGAGUACUCAAUUUAUACCCGUUCCCAAGAGUCGGCAGAGCCUCGUACCGUACCUGGCAGAUUCCUAUCAACGACGUGUACCUGGAUUACGAGCCAGUCGAAAAACGUCAACUGUACGCGUUCCCCAGGGUGGGCCGUGGUGGUCCCCCAUCGGACCGCAACGAGCCCCACGACGACUUACUAGGACUUCACUUAGACGACCCCGGAAUGUGGUUCGGACCUCGACUCGGUAGGUCAUUGAAGAAUGGUGACGAUGAUGUUGUCAACCAGAACGAAGACGGUCGCAGUGAGCGGGAACCAAUUGAUCAAAUCGCGCACGAAGAUAGAAUGAAACGGCGCAGUAAAUUACUCUAA